CUUUUUUGACAAACCGCGACAAACCGCGAAGGAGUUUAACUCGGGAGCGGACUUUGUUUCUCUGUGUUACUUUUGUUAGUAAAAUAAAAUAUCUCGAAAUUAACUGUCAAUUGGUAAUAAGCAGUGACUAAUCCGUGAACUCCGUUAGCGGAAGUGCCGUUCUAGUGUAGUGUGGUAAACCUCGAAAGGAAAACACUGGGAACCUGUGAUUGAAACUUCGUUUCCAGCAGCCGACGGUCGCUGUGAGGGGUCAAGGUAAAAAGCUGAUGUUGCAACAGCAUUCCUUGAGUUCGGAUUUUCACCCGAGGCAAUGAAUCACAAUCGCAGCAAGUUCACGUCGUUCAGCGAUCUAAGCGGGGUUAAUUUGAGCCGAACGCUUAGCAGUCCGGUGGCGGAAUCGACACAUCUAGAAGGCCCAAGCAACAACAGAAGUGGGUUGUUUACCAGUCCGGCAAAAGGAAUGGCCAGCGUGAAGCGGAAACCAACUUCGCCGCUGUUUAAUAGCAAGACUACCUUCAGAAGCAGCGGAAAUCUAAAUUCGACCGGAUUUGGGCGGAUUGAUCCUCAAGUUUACACCGAUGCUCAAAGUCGAGGGUUGGUCAAUCGAUUGGUGAAGUAUCAUGACAGGACACAAUCUCCGUUGAAUAAAAGUCAAUCUAUGACUAGCUUAUACAACAAACCGGGUCAAUUCCCUGUAGUGCACUUGAAGAAAACCGAAAUCAAGUAUUCGCCUCGGCGGAACAAUUCCGUGACGUCGGUUCGUAUCGCUCCACCGGAAAAGUCCGUCUUUCAAGCCAACACUCGAUCCAACAUUUUGAGAGCCGGUUCGCUGUUGAUUCCAGCGGAGCCACAUAUGAAACUGGCCAGAGGUUCCCAACCGGAUGAUGAAAUCGACGCAGAGAAUCGAGUUAUAGCUCCGACGGCUGAACUGGAUGUAGCUCCGACCAAGAGCGUGCUGGAUGCUUUAAAGGAAAUUUCACGAAAGAGAAUCAACAACGAAGAGCUGGAUGCGGACCGAAUUAAAAAGCAAUGCAAGGAACUGUCAGAGGUAGAUUCUGGAGGUGGAGGUGGAACAAAACGUGCCAGAGAACUCCCUUCAUCGGCGUCGCCACCUUCAAAAGGAUCUGGAGAUCAGCAGCUUCAGAAGAAACGAUUGUGCAGCAAAAAUAAUGAUAUUUUAAGUUCAUUGAGUUCCAGUUUGGUUAUGAGCACGCCGAAAAGGGUAGAGCCCGUUUCUUCGAAGCCACGUGAGCUGAACAUGGAUCAGACUUUUGCAACCAAUGUAGGAACGCCCUUUGGCUCGAAUGCCACAGUGGUGGCCGAUAGAAAAGCCGAAUUACGAGAGUCGGUAGUUUUGAGUAAUUUAGAAUCCACAUCGUUGCCGCAGAUAGUUAGGAGUGUGCCAGAAAUUAUGCCGCCGAUUAAACCUAAACCUUCUCAGCCGAAGAUUACUCUAUUCAACAAGAAGUAUGACGAUACAUUGGUCAGGCAAGUGGUGAGCGAUAAUGAGGAGCAGGAUGAUGACGAAGAAUUGGGAGGCCGGAUUAGUUUUAUAAAGCCGAAGCAAAAGUCGCCGAUUUUGAACAGCGAUAAGGCAGCUUUACGGCAGGUUGAGAAGUCAAAACUAUCAUUGAUUCUUAGUUGCCUCAGCGAGGACUAUGACGAUGAAGAGGAACCGCCAGAAUCUAUAACUAAUGUUCCAAUUGUGGCGAAAGAUACAGUUGAUGCUUUGAAACCGUCACUGGGUAAGGUAGAGGAUAAGAGUUCGGAAGUGACUGUCCCGAAACCGAGCGGGAUUGCAGCUUUGAUCAGUGAACCCAUCAAGGAUGCUGGCUUAGGUAAAAUUGAACCUCCCAAGCCGGUAAUCGUUAAAUCAAGCGAACCAUCAAAAUCAACGGGACAAUUCAGUUUUGGAACACCAACCAAGCCGACGGACAUCAAUGCUACUUUUAGCUUCCAAACACCGACCAAACCUGCAUCAACCUCAGCGGACACCAAACCUCUAGAGAAAGCUACUUUUUCGUUUGGAACCACAGCUGCUCCAGGUAUUAACGCCCCGAAGUCCGAUGCUCCUCCUGCAUACACUUUACCGGCAGCUAACUCUACAUCAGUUCCAAUUCCGGCGACACCUUCCGGAUUUGGUUUCUCAACUUCCCCGAAAUCAACGAUCACCACAACAAAUACGGCUUCCGUUACUCCAAGUUUAAUUAACUUCUCACCGGCUCCGACAUCCAAACAGGACGUUCCAAAAAGUGGUUUUUCGCUUCUCCCUGCUAUUUCUACAAACGCAUCGUCAGGCAGUCCUCAAAACACGUUGAGCAUCGCCCAGUCCUCUAUUCCUACCUUCGGCAGUGGUUCUGGAUUUAGUGCUUUUAAACCACUAUCGCCUACAGCGGGAACAACGACUGAAUCCGCUGCAGUUUCAUCGUUUGGAACCAUUGCUGCGACACCACCCGCUUCAACAUCAGCAACAAUCACCAACAUUCCAACUCCUGGUGGUUUCUCUUUCGGAACAAGUAGCAUUCUGAAAGCUACAACUGCAGCGGCAUCCACGACGACAACCACAAGUGCAUUCUCUUUCGGAGGAGCGUCAUCUGUUGCUGCCACACCGGCGACGGCAGCACCUAUUUUCGGUGCGUCCUCCGCGGCACCGAAAUUCGGGUUUGGUUCAGUCCCUACUGCUACCACGGCUUCUAUCGCUCCCUCGUUUGGAACCGUAACGACGACUUCUACUGUUCCCUUGUUUGGAACCGCAACGACCACUACGGCAGCCUCAUCCUUCGUAGCACCGAACGCUCCACCAACAACGGCGCCUCCACCAUUCGGAAGCGUAUCCACUUCAAGCAUUUCCACGGUAAAGCCACAUUCUACGGGCAUUUUUGGAGGAGCCGUUGAUGCUACUACACCAAUCACAUUUGGUCAGGUGCCAUCUGCGAGUUCCAGUUUUUCGUUCGGUUCUGGAAAUAACACCGCGGCGUUUUCGUUCGGAAAUGCCGCCACAUCAGCACCGGUCACAGUCACGACAGCAGCCCCAGUGGCGGCCAACAGCAGUAACGUCUUUGGAAGCGGGAUUAACAGUGGAAGCGCGAGCUCUGUGCCGAGUUUCGCUUCGGUACCUUCGUUCGGUACCAGCCCGGCUCCGGUAUUUGGUGCCGCCACCAGCCCACCUGCGUUCGGUGCUUCCGUUGCCAGCGCGACAUCGACGGCUACUGGCUUUGGAGCAUCCCCAAUGUUUGGUGCCGGGCCCGGAUCGUCAGCCACAGCCGCUAAUUCAAGCGCCGUAUUUGGUAGAUCCUCCACGGUUACAUCGCCUUUUGGUGGGACCAAUUCAACACCGGCAGCGUCAACAACAAGCCUGUUCGGGGGCGGCACUUCCAACAACAAUCAAUCCAGUGUUACUUCCCCAGCAUCCGCUCCAUUCUCUUUCGGUGCUUCCGCAGCGACAGUGCCACCAACGACCAAUAAACCUUUUGCAUUUGGCGGUAAUGCCACUGUCAGCAGUAACAACAGCUCUGGUGUAAGCUCCUCUACUCCGGCUGGCAGUGUUAAUAAAUCUAACAGUUUCAGUUUUACCGCGGGAUCGAAUUCAACGGCAGCACCAGUUGCUGCCAGUGCAUCUGCGUUCAAUUUUGGUGUCGCUUCGAACGCAACCAACUCUGUUGUGCCUCCGCCAGCAUUCGAUAGUAACACUGGCAACACUCCAUUCUCCUUCAAUACCAGCGCAACUAAUAAUAAUAAUCAGGCGACCGUUAAGCCGUUUGCGUUCGGUACGCCUAGUCAAACCACAUCAACCCCGUCAGUUGGUGGUGCCGGAAUAUUUGGAGGGCCUGGCGGAGGAUCGGCGCCUGCGUUCAACUUUUCCGCCGGUUCGAACCCUGCUGGCAACGCUCCUAGUGCCGCCGUUCCAACUGCAUUCUCAUUCACCGGUGGCGCUGCUGCAACAGCAGUAUCAGGAGGUCCAUUCGCUAUGCCAAACGGAGCAGCACCCGGAGGUGCCCCCAUGUUUAGCAUCGGCACCGGUGGUGGUUCGAAUAUGCCCCCAGGAAGAAGGCCAAUUCGAAUGGCAACCAGACGUUUAAAGUGAAGUUAUUAGCCGUGCAACUUAACGGUAUGGAUGUGUAUGUUUUUGGUACUAUUUUUUGAGAUCUUCGGUAGUUGCAGUUUUGUGUAUAGAUGAUAAACCUUUAUUAUGCAUUCAAUGUUUUUCCUUGGCAUAUUAUUCUAUCUUUUUUUCCUAAUGUGAAAAAAAAUCUCUACUUAAAUUUUUGAUCUGUUUUUCUUAUCCGAAAUACGAUUAUGCACUCAUCAAAUCGUCAUGUAAAACAGUUAGUCCAAUAGUAAAAUAUUUAAUGCGAAAAAAA